AUGUCCAUUCAAAAAGCUGCUGUCGCCGGAGGAGCUGGAAACCUCGGCCCUACCAUACUCAAGGCCUUCGUCGAUGCUAACUUUGCAGUGACUCUCCUCAGCAGAAGCUCCUCUCACAGUGUAUUCGACUACGCCUCCCUCGAAUCACUGACUGCCACGCUGACCGGCCAAGAUGCCGUCGUUAAUGUACUCGCCUCCAAAAUAAUCCCUAUUGAAGUCCAUCUCCAACUCAUCGAGGCCGCUCACAAAUCCGGUGUUAAACGCUUCCUUCCAUCUGAGUAUGGAUACGACACUUCACAUUCUCUUACCGCGAAGCUCCCCAUCUUCUGCAACGACAAAGUGGCUGUGGUAAAACGAUUGAAAGAGAUCUCAAAACAAGACAGCACCUUCACAUUUACACCUAUUGUAGCUGGGCCAUUCUUUGACUGGUCCAUCCAGAAGAAUCUCAUCGUCAACCUUGUCGGUCCCUUAUCUCCAAUUUACAAUGGUGGAGAUAUAUUCUUCAGCACGUGUACCCUUUCAGGUAUCGGACGUACCUUUGUCGGUGCUCUGGAGCACCCCGAAGAUACCAAAAACCGACAUUUCUAUAUCGCUUCUGCGAUCGUCACGCAGAACCAGCUUAUUGAGUGGGCAGGAAAGUCGGACCCAGUUGCAGCGAGAAUUCGUACAAACGGCGGAUCUUGA